UGCGAGAGAGAACGAGAAAGCGGCAGCGAUCGCCUUCGGAGAGUUUUGCGGAGAAACUGCGCGGAGGGAGGGGGGUGGGUGGGCGCGGGCUGCAGGAAGAAGCGACGAGGGAUCCGGCACUCUCCUUGCUCCUUAACUGCUUCCUACUUUGCACGGUAUUUAAAAUUUUUAACUGCCUGGAUCAAGUAGCAGCAGAAUAACUUUGAACAAUCAUCCAUCAUGAAUGCAUUUAAUGAAGAUUGAAAGACAUACAAGAAGACCAUGGGGAAUUCUUAUGCAGGGCAACUGAAAUCUGCCCGUUUUGAAGAAGCCCUUCACAACUCCAUAGAGGCCUCUCUCCGAUGUAAUAGCGUUGUUCCUCGCCCCAUCUUUUCCCAGCUCUAUCUUGAUCCUGAGCAGCCUCCUAUUUUGCCGGAAGGUAACCAAGCAAAUGUGAAACCAAAAGUGGAAGAGCUGGACAAAGAAUUGAUGCAUCGUUACACCUUGAAUGGAAGCUUGGAUUUUUCCACUAGCCAAACUAUUAAUGAAACAGAAGAAGAUGAGGAGGAUGAAGACAUGUCUGAUUCCAAUAGUCCGCCAAUCCCGUAUGCACAAAAGCCUGCCCCAGAAGGAUCUUGCACUACUGAUGGUUUUUGUCAAGCCGGCAAAGAUCUGCGAUUAUCAUCGCUGUGUAUGGAACAGAUUGAUAUCCCACCAGGCUUCCUGUUGGUGGGAGCCAAGUCUCCAAAUCUUCCUGAGCAUCUUCUAGUCUGUGCUGUUGAUAAAAGAUUUCUGCCAGAUGACCAUGGAAAAAAUGCACUUUUAGGUUUUUCUGGAAAUUGUAUAGGCUGUGGAGAAAGGGGAUUUCGAUAUUUCACUGAAUUUUCAAACCACAUUAAUUUGAAACUCACCACUCAGCCAAAGAAGCAGAAGCACUUAAAGUACUACCUAAUAAGGAAUGCUCAAGGUGUGCUGUCAAAGGGACCUCUUAUAUGUUGGAAAGAAUGUAGAAGCAGGCAAUCUGUUGCUAGCCAUUCUGCUAAACCUAGUUCUUCAGCAUCUCCAUCUGUGACCCCUGAGAGUGGAACAGCCAAUGGAUACAAGCCAGGGUUCACCCAGACAGAGUCCUCGGUAUUCAGUGAAGCACAGUCUUCCUCUGCUGUUAAUUUAAGUGGAAUUCAAGACUUGACUCGGAAUAAGAACAUAGUGAGACCACUCGCUUUGCCUGUGCAACUUGUAGGAAACACGUUUGCAGCAGCUCCCCUUUCUCUCCGAGCCACUGAUGUUACCAGUGGAAACAACAUUGCAGGAAGGACAAAUGUCAUGAGCUCUACAGUUUCACGACCUGUGCCUCACUCAAUGUCUCCCGGCCCAAGUUGUGUAGCUGCAGAGCAAGCUACCCUGUCCAGUUCUGGCCCUCCCAAGAAACGACACCGAGGAUGGUCUCCUGGAUCCCCGGUCCCUCCUCCUGGUGUAAUUGUGCCUGUUCCUGCCAUCCGGCCUCUUCCAAGAGCAGAGCCUCUUUUAUCAGUCCCAGUUCCACAGUCGAUGUUAACUGGAAUUUUACAGCCUCAGCCCAUCCCUGCAGGGGAGACUGUAAUAGUUCCUGAAAAUCUGCUGAUUAAUUCAGGAAUCAGACCAGUGAUUCUAAUAGGUUAUGGCACUUUACCUUAUUUCUAUGGGAAUGUUGGAGACAUUGUAGUAAGUCCCUUGCUAGUGAAUUCCUACAAGAUUCCUCAGCUGGAAAAUAAAGAUUUGGAUCUUUUUGGUUUAACUGGGAAUCAGCUACUAAGUGUGGAGAACAUGAUUAUUUUAACAAUACAGUAUCUUGUCCGUCUAGGUCCUGAUAAGAUACCUCUCAGGGAAGAAUUUGAACAGAUCAUGCUGAAAGCUAUGCAGGAAUUUACUCUAAGGGAACAAUCGUUUCAAAUGAAUGCACAGAGCAUCUCCUUGUCGCCAGCUCAACUUCCAUGGCUUGCCAAGUUAAUUGCCAGCGUUUCCCAAGACAUGGUGCAUGUGGUGGUUACUCAGAAUUCCUUGGCGGAAGGCAUUUCUGAAACCCUGCGGUCUCUGAGUGAAAUGAAGCACCAACAAAGGGUGCCAGAUUACGUGGUUGCUAUCUGCACCUCGAAGAUCAGAGGAAGUGAGUUCUGCGUGGUAGUUUUAGGUCAAUAUCAGUCUAGAGCUCUGGCAGAGAGCAUGCUUACUACCAGUGAGUUUUUAAAGGAGAUAAGUUAUGAGCUCAUUACAGGAAAAGUUAGUUUUCUGGCAUCACAUUUCAAAAACACAUCUUUAGGUGAUGAAUUGGACAAGUUAUUAGAGAUGAUGCAACAGAGACGGGGAGAUAAUGUUGUCAUUCCAUUCAGCGGAGACGUUAAUGAGUGUGUAUCAUCUCAGGAAGCAGCUGCCAUGGUUUCCACUCAAGAACUGGAGUUGGAUACUGAAACUUUCCAGAUUUAUCAACCACAACUCACAGUUGCCAGAAAGCUCUUGUCACAGGUGUGUGCCAUAGCAGAUAGUGGCAGCCAAAGCCUGGAUCUGGGCCACUUCAGCAAAGUAGAUUUCAUUGUUGUAGUUCCUCGUUCAGAGGUCCUUGUCCAACAAACCAUCCAGCGGAUUCGACAAUCAGGUGUUCUUGUAGACUUAGGGCUUGAAGAAAGUGGAGCAGCUUACCAAAGAGCUGAAAAGUAUGUGGUGCGGCUUGACAAUGAGGUUCAAACAAAAUUUGAUGGUUUCAUGAGGCGAGUGAAACAGAAUCCAUAUACUCUUUUUGUGCUCGUACAUGACAAUGCCCAUGUGGACUUAACAAGUGCUAUCUCAAGCUCGCUGUCUCACGGAGAGCCUAGUCACGGACUUGCUGAUAGAGUGAUAAACUGCAGAGAGGUCCUUGAAGCUUUCAACCUCCUUGUCCUCCAAGUGAGUUGUUUCCCAUAUGCCCUUCAGACUCUCCAAUCCCGAAUCAACUCAGCAAAUGAGGUGCACUGGAUACAGUUUGGCAAUAUGGAGGAAAUAAGCCAAGAUGAGAAGCUGUACUUUGGCUUGAAUGAAUACAGCAAAUCUCUGCAGUGGGGAAUCACAAGCCCUCUUCUGAGGUGUGAUGAAAUCUUUGAAAAAAUGGUGAAUACGCUCUUAGAGAGGUAUCCCAGGUUGCACAGCAUGGUGAUUCGCUGCUAUCUCCUCAUUCAGCAGUAUUUGGAAGCCUUGAUGGCUCUCACUACCAUGGCUUCACUAAGAGAUCACAGCACACCAGAAACACUCAGCAUGAUGGAUGACAUCAUCACUGCUCCUGGCAAGGAUAAGAAUGGCCGCGGCCACAUGUUAGUGAUCCGAAUUCCUUCUGUGCAGCUGGCAAUGCUGGCAAAAGAGAGGCUGCAAGAAGCACGAGAUAAACUAGGUCUGCAGUAUCGUUUUGAAAUCAUUUUGGGGAACCCGGCUUCAGAGCUUAUGGUUGCCAAGCACUUUGUGAAGAGAUUAAAGGCUUGGAGAGGAAAUGAAGAAGAUGAUUGGUUUCCUCAUACUUACCAAGAUUUAGAAGGUCUACCCUGUAUUAUUGUUUUAACUGGCAAGGAUCCACUAGGAGAAACAUUUCCCAGGUCUUUGAAAUACUGUGAUCUUCGACUGAUUGAUUCAAGCUAUUUAACUCGCACAGCCUUAGAACAAGAAGUAGGUCUAGCAUGCUGCUAUGUUUCAAAGGAUGCAAUUCGAGGGCCUAUUGUAGCCCUUGACCUUAGUGAAAAGGAGCAAGAGAAGACCAGCAUUGGUGAGAACGAUACUGAUGAGCUGUUGAUUGACUUGGAGAGGCCACAAAGCAACAGCAGUGCUGUGACUGGAACUUCAGGUUCUAUAGCAGAAAAUGGAGUGAGCUCCUCUAGUACUACAGACAAGUCUCAAAAGCCAUCACUGUCUAUGAACUUCCAGAAUGUUGCUAGUAGCUCUGUUGAUGAAGGCUUUGCUGCUGGGGAGUCUUUGAAACAAGAAUGUGACUCUCUAGCCAACCAGAUAGCGAGCAGCACCACUUCUAAAUUGUCAGCAGCUUCCCCUUCGGUCAGCCAGACCUUCCGAUGGCCUAACCAGUCAGCAAAAGAUUGCAAGGCAUUGCACAUAUCCUUACCCCGAAUUGUGAUCUUGUCAAAAGCUGCCUACUGCCUCCUUGGCUCACAGAAAAGUGGGCAGCCAUCUUUUUCUUCUGCUCUGUUACCUCAUGCUGACGUGUCUUGGGUGAGCUCACUAAGACCUUUGCUUCACAAGGAUAUGACCAGUGAAGAGCAGUCUCUUUACUACCGACAGUGGACUGCAGCACGGCAACACCAUGCAGACUACAGCAACCAUGGUGAAACCACAAGCAGCAGGAGUUUUCAUCCACGACGACUACUUCUUACAGGGCCUCCUCAGGUAGGGAAAACUGGAUCUUACUUGCAGUUCCUACGAAUUCUCUUUCGAAUGCUGAUCAGAUUGCUGGAGGUAGAUGUGUAUGAUGAGGAAGAUAUUAAUAUCAAUCAUACGGAAGACAAUGAAAUUGCCCAGUCUAGCAGUGAUCAGUGGCCUGACAUUGAAAUUGUCAGGAAAAUGAAUUUUGACCUCAGUGUGCAUGAUCCCAAAUAUGUUCUUAUGAGUCCAGUCUAUACAGAGCAACUACAAAAAAUAAAGCAGGAACCAAGCAAAGAAACCAAAGUUGAAGAACCCAGAAAGCGAAAUACUGUUUCAAUGAUGCUGACUAAGUACGCAGCCUACAAUACUUUCCACCACUGUGAACAGUGCCAUCAAUAUAUGGACAUAAAUCCUUCAGCUCCGAUAUCUGAUUCCACCCUACAUGCAUUUACAUUCUCAUCCUCAAUGUUAGGAGAAGAGAUUCAGCUACAUUUUAUCAUUCCUAAAUCCAAAGAGAACUAUUUUGUCUUCAGCAAACAGGGCAGACAUUUGGAAAGCAUGCGUCUUCCUCUUGUAUCUGAUAAGAAUUUGAAUACAGUGAAGAGUCCUAUUUUUACACCUUCAAGCGGACGUCAUGAACAUGGUCUCUUGAAUCUUUACCACGCUAUGGAAGGUAUCAGCCACCUCCAUCUUCUUGUGGUCAAGGAAUAUGAAAUGCCGCUUUAUCGCAAAUAUUGGCCCAACCAUAUCAUGCUGGUUCUGCCAGGCAUGUUCAACAAUGCAGGAGUUGGUGCUGCCAGAUUCCUAAUUAAAGAACUUUCUUACCAUAACUUGGAACUGGAAAGAAACCGUUUGGAGGAACUGGGAGUUAAACGUCAGUGUGUUUGGCCAUUUAUUGUUGUCAUGGAUGAUUCUUGUGUCUUAUGGAACAGUCAUGCUGCCCAAGAACAGUCUAGUAGUCAAUGUAUGGAUCAAGGAUCAACCAGCAAAAAUGUGUCUCUAAAGAGUGUUCUGCAGCAUAUUGAAGCCACACCAAAAAUUGUCCAUUAUGCAAUACUGGGCAUCCAGAAAUGGAACAGCAAAUUGAAUUCCAGAGCACCCAAAAACCCCUUUUCCAGAUGCCACAUACAUGAUUUUAUACUGCUCAACAUAGACCUGACCCAAAAUGUGCAAUAUGAUUUAAACAGGUAUUUCUGUGAAGAUGUGGAUUUUAAUCUGAGAACAAACAGCAGUGGCUUACUUAUCUGUUGCUUUAACAACUUCAGUCUUAUGAAGAAACACAUCCAGGUUGGCGGUCAAAAAGACUUUGAUAUUAAACCUAAAAUUAUGAUCCCACCCCAGGGCCAUUUCCACCAACUGUCUUGUGGAAGGAUCUCUGGAGAGAGGAAGGAAAUCAGGCAGAUCUCAGAAAGUUUGACUCCAAUAAUACCUCUUCAGUAUGUUUGUGCUCCAGACAGCGAGCACACCCUCUUGGCAGCUCCAGCUCAGUUCCUUUUAGAGAAGUUCCUUCAAUAUGCCACCUACAAGCUUUUCCCAAAGGCCAUCUAUAACUUUAAAAACCCGGUCUUAGCUGUUGACUGCUAUUUGAAUAUUGGGCCUCAGGUAGCUCUUUGCUAUGUCAGUUCACGGCCGCACUCAGUUAAUGUGAACUGUGAAGGGGUGUUUUUCAGUGGUCUUCUUCUCUACCUUUGUGACUCCUUCGUCGGAGCAGACUUUCUUAAAAAGUUCAGAUUCCUGAAAGGUGCAACACUGUGUGUCAUAUGCCAAGACAGGAGUUCCUUGCGUCAAACCAUUGUCCGUUUAGAGCUGGAAGAUGAAUGGCAGUUCCGUCUGAGAGAUGAAUUCCAAACUGCUAACAGCUCUGAUGACAAGCCACUCUAUUUUCUGACUGGGCGCCAUGUAUAAGCUUGAGUCAACGGCACAGGACACAGGAGAACCUGAUGAGCCAAAUUGUGUCUUUUUCCUUAUUUCAGUUAAAGUACAAUCACUAUGGAGCAAAGUGCAACCCAAGUUCAGUCAUUACUUUAAGGAUUUCUCCAAAUUCAGGCCCACUUUUAGACAUGUUCUCUCUUAUUUUAUGAUUGAAAGAGCAUUGAUUUCAAAUUAAUUCCUUGUGGGUCACUGAUAUAGAAGAUAAUAUACCCACUGUGACUAAGAUAUGGAGAAAUCUUUUGAAGGGGAGGGGGGAUGAAAUUACUUUUGGCAUCUGUCAGCUUGAGUUACAUGAGGCUCAUACUAAGCAAGUGGAAUUAUGUGAAGAUAAUGUACUGAGGAAUGCUGUCCAUUUCUCUUCAUAUCUGUACUUUUGGUACAGUGUAUCUCAGGGGUUUGAAACUACAAAACACAGAUAUUUGUGUUUGAAAGAGUAAUCUUUAUUCACUUUCUGUGCAGUGUUAGGUUAAGGUUUGUAAUUUUUAUGUACUGAAACUGUUUUGGCAAAGUUUCCACAAAAGUUAAAACGUUUACUACAGAAGCCUGAACAAAUCAGUGAAUGUAUGGCAGGCAUUUGUAUAAAGAUGCAGGUUUGGGGUAUCCAUUAUUGAUUUAAAUCCAGAGAUCCUUUGCGAGGAGAGAAAUUGUGUAGGUGAUCACUUUUUUCCUUCAACAGUACAUAUGGAACUGGAUCCCAAAAGAAAGGCUGCGUACAAACCUGUUUUUUGCACACAGAUCAUCACUGACUAUGGUUUGAAAAGUAUCUGCUCAGCCAGCCUAAAUAGAUAGCUUUUGCAUAUUGUUUCCUCAGUAUAUUUAAGGUCCACCACUGAUUUCUGUCCUCAAUGUUAUGGGAUAUUGUUUUGAAGUGGCUAAGUAACCUCGUUUCCUAUAUAGCUGAAAUUCCUGGCAUUAUUUUUGCAAUGGAUGCCUCCCUGCCUCAGCUGUCUUGAGUGCUGGGAAUAGAAAAUGUUGGUUUUGUGCUUUUAUGAAGAGCAUUUACUAUUCUAAGAAGAGACUGACCACAGAACAGGAAUAAUGGGGCUUAGUACUUCAUUAUGUAAUUGAAUUAUAAAAGCUUGUAAGUCCUUUAGGAAUCACUUUCCCCUGAACUGGGACCAGCAACAGACACCAUGCUUUACAGAAGUCUAAAACACACCUGGAAAAGUUGGCCAGUUUAUUUUAGAUCUGUAGGGCUUGAAGCAGUUGAACACUGGCCCUGCAGGGCUCGUAAAGCUCUGUUUCCCAACUUCCCUGUGUGAGCACAUGGAGGCACCAUAACAGGGCAGUAUUCCUGUCUGGAUCUGGCACCUUGGUGCCAUGCUUUUGCUCCAGAGCUCAAGUAAUUUUACAUGGCACAAAGUUGGGGAUAUGGGAGGUAGGUCCAGAGCAUCUCCUGCUGCAAUGCCUCUUGCACUGCUUGCACAUGUGUGUAUUUUGGUGGGGAAUGGGAGAACUGGAGCUUUCUUGAGCUUAGCACAACUCCUUCAUAUGCAAAUACCGUGUAUGUGCUUGACUGGAUCAAGCCCUGUGCUUUUUGUUUGAAUUAGAGAGAAAGAGAUGUAUUAAAUUUUAAAUAGGCAUUAAGUUGUUUGAAAGUGAAGUUCUUUGCACCAGCACUUUGUGCUGUGAAAUAUGCUGAGUGUUUAAAUGAGUCUAGUACAAUCAGUCUUCAUACUGCAGUUAACAAUAGACAGAAUUCCCCUUAUUUCCUGCUCAUUAGUCAGUUUUCAGUUUCUCUUACUGUUAUCUUUUACUAUAGUUCUUCCUUCAGACACAUUCUUACAUUUCUUGCACAGAUAUUUAAAGUUGUGCAGCCUAUUUCAUAAGAUGGUGAACACAGAUAGUAAUUUGGUCCGGUCCGUUUAAAUACAAAUGGUGAUACCUGCAAUUCUCAAUUAAGCACCUGCCCAAACUGCAUUUAGAACAAAGUGUUAAUCAUGCAACUUUUUUACCUUGUGAAAGAGCUGUUUACAAAUAAUGAAAAGCAUAAUAUAUUGAAGUUGAAAGGAAAGUAAUGGUUUUCAAACCUAUUGUUUUUAUUGUACUUUUACAUAAAUGUAGCAUAUUUCAAAUGAACAAUUGUUUACUUUAGUGUAGAUUAUUCUUUUUUUGGUACCCUUAUAAAAUCUGCCUUAUACUUUAAUAAAUACCUUUACAUUUUUGGAGUAGAAAUUUACAUAAAAGCUACAAGUAUGGGAUUUCAGAUAACCUAGGUUUUAUUCUAGUUAUAUGGGGCUGAACAUAAUUUGUAAAUGUUUCCAAAGAGUUGCCAUUUUAUUGCAAAUUUUGCAGAUUGAAAGCUUUUAAAAUCUUCUUUAUAUAUUUGAAGUUUGCACUAUGUUCUUAAAAUUCCAGGUGCUUUGACCCUUGAUAAAGAGGUAUAAAAAUAUAGGCUGAGAAUUUAGGGAUAAAGGGUCUUUUCACACAAUCGGGCUUUGGGGCCAUAUUUGAGGGAGAAUAUAAUAUCUGAGCAAACACUAUGCUUUAUACCUAAAAAAAUGUAUUUCCUGGAUAGCACAUUCCUAUUUUAUUUGAUGCACCACAUAGUUUUUAAUACUGUUGAGUUGUAAUCAUAGCACAAAAUGUUUAACUCACAUGCUAUCCAAAUCAAGCAGUUUUUAUUUAGAAUUUACUAGUGCACUCCCUGUUGAACAAAUUGUGCAGGAAUAUGUGUUUAUCACUGAUGUAUAAAAACUCCACUCUCCCUUAUUACUAAGCAAUGUUUUGUGUGAUUGUGUGGAAAGAUCCUAAAAGGUAUUUUCUAAAUUGGACAAGAACAAUUGGUAGUUCAACAUAGCAUCACUAAAGCAAAGGAAGAAGAGUUUUGGUUGAAUAUUCUUUGAAACCUCUUUAAUAAAUGUCUUCACAAACUCAACGUUAAGGUUCAUGUAGUACAGUGAAAUAAGUUCUGGAUGUGAUAAAUGGGACAGGAGAUCAGAGCAAGAUACCAGAUGUUACCAUGUUGUUAUUUCAUUUACAAGCCUUGCAGCAAGGUAGAUGACAUGAAUGUAUUAAAAGGCCAGCAUUAUUUUACCUGUGAGCUUGUUAAAUACAAGUAAUUGACAAGUCCCAGGUUAUACUGAAUGUAAUCUGUAAUUUUUUAAAAAUGACUCAGAUAUUUCUGUAAUUUGUACAGUUGCUUUGUGUGA